UUCAGAAAAAAAAAAGGCGCUACGUCAAUUCCCUGCUGGUUUUUUUUUUCUUUCCUUUUUUUUUCCUUUUUAUUCUGUUAUAGUUAUACGCAACACGUCAAGAAUCGUUUCUAUACAUUUUAUAUAUAUAUACAACUUGUUAUAUACUUAUCACGACGAACCAAGAAGCUUUCCUUACAACAUACAGUCUUACGUCGCCCUAAUCAACUCCAUCCCCCCAUGUCUGUGAAUAAUGAUAUCAAAGUGGUCCGGGUGGUUGCAAAAGAUGCUGGAUCUGGCAAACAAAUCAAACUGGGAUAUGUGAAUAAGAAGAUCACUGGCAACGGAUCUUUUGGUGUCGUAUAUCAAACACGUCUCGUAGAUACGAACGAGGAUGCAGCCAUUAAAAAGGUGCUUCAAGACAGACGGUUCAAGAAUCGCGAGUUACAAAUUAUGCGUCUUGUGGAUCAUCCCAACGUCUGUCGGCUAAAAUCGUACUUUUACAACCAAGUGGAGGAUAAAGAUGAUGAAGUAUAUCUAAACUUGGUGAUGGAAUACGUUCCAGAUACACUGUACAGGGCGACACGCCAUUAUGCCAAAAUGAAACAACCCAUGCCAACGAUUCUAGUGCAAACUUACAUGUAUCAGGUGAUCCGAUCUUUGGCUUAUAUUCACUCUUUGGGCAUUUGCCAUCGCGAUAUCAAACCUCAAAAUGUACUCUUGGAUCCGGCAUUGGCUAUUUGUAAAAUGUGUGAUUUUGGCAGCGCCAAGAUUUUAGUACCUGGUGAACCGAAUGUGUCAUACAUUUGUUCUCGUUACUAUCGAGCACCCGAGUUGAUUUUUGGAGCUACAUCGUACACAUUAAGUAUUGAUGUAUGGUCAACGGGUUGUGUCAUGGCCGAACUUAUUCUGGGUCAACCGUUCUUCCCCGGUGACAGUGGUAUCGACCAGCUGGUGGAAAUCAUCAAAAUUUUGGGCACCCCUUCCAAGCAAGAAAUCGCGGCCAUGAAUGCAAGCUACGUAGAACAUAAAUUUCCUCAGAUCAAACCUCAUCCUUUAGCCAAGAUAUUCCAUGGCACUACGCCGGAAGCCAUUGAUCUGUUAUCGCAAAUGCUGCAAUACCAUCCUCAACGGCGGAUAACAGCCAUUGAAGCUCUGUGCCAUCCUUUCUUUGACGCGAUACGAGAUCCUAAUAUACGAUUAGCCAAUGGCAAUCCGUUACCGCCUAUGUUUGAUUUCUCAAAGCAUGAACUGUCGAUUCGCCCCGAUCUUAUUCGACGGCUAGUACCACCGCACGCUGAACAAGAAUUGCUUUCACGAGGUAUCGAUAUCCAUCAUUUUGAACCGAUCCCCAGCGAUCAACUGAAAAUACCGCCCUCGUACAUCUAAGUACAAAACACCAAAAAGGAGGACGAUGGAGCGAGGUGGACUUUCUUUUCUCUCAGUUUUUUUUUUUUUCUUUUUUGACAAUAUGGAAAGGGUUUUGUUGCAACAUUGUUGAUGAUUCUUAUCACACUAUUCAGUCAUUUGUAAACGGAAGAAAAAAAAAAAAGAAUGGAAAUUUUUGUCAUAAAGCAAACAUAAAUACAACAAUAAAGAAUCUUUGCCGAUCCAAUGUAUUCA